AUGGAUGUGAACCAAGCAAUUGUUCAAGUUUAUCGUUCAAAUUCAAAUAAAGACGAUCCAUCGCUAACACAAAUUGGAUAUUCAGGAGCACAACUCGUUGGUCGUUCAUUGUCUAAUAAACAAUUAAAUAUUCAUACAAUUUAUACAUCACCGUCAUUGCGGUGCAUUCAGACUGCUAAAUCAAUUGUUUCAUCAUUAAAUACGAGAAGAUUACCAAGAAUUCGUAUCGAAUACGCAUUAUUUGAACCACUCGCAUUCGUCUCUAAAGUAACUUUUCAUGGAAUUUUCAAGGAUGACAAAGUACCAAAAUUUAUAACAAAAGAGGAAUUAACAAAUAACAAAUUUCAUUUCGAUGAAAAAUAUACUUCAGUUAUGAAUUAUGAAGAACUGAAGCAAAUGUUCGGCCAGGAAAAAACGAUAACAGAUUUUUAUAAACGAGUAGAGCAUGCAGUUAAUAGAAUUGUUGGUGGUAAGAGAAAACGAGGAGGUAUAAUAAUAAUUUCUCAUGCUCCAGUUCUCGAUUGCAUAUUCAGACUUUUAACAAAUCGGACUGAUUUACCAAAAACUGCGGGUGAUUUGCAAAGGCUUAUUCAUAAUUAUCCCCGAUGUUCAGUAACAACAUUACAAUUUUUUCCUGAGAAUUUACAAUGGGAGAAUCGCGCAGAUAUUGUACCUCCAUUAUCUUAUUGGCAUAUGACUACGAUGGUUAAUAUUCCCGAUUUUGAUUAA